UACAAACCACUCCUGUGUUUUACGCUGUCUUUCCUCAUUUGCUACCCUUCUUCUCUCUGUAGACUCUUUCUCUCUCUACUCUUCUGCCUUCCCUUCCCUUACCUUACCUUCCCUUCCCCUAUUCUCCUUACAGUGAAGAAACGAGGUUUUCCCAUGGCCAUUAUCUAGCCCUUUCGAUAUAACCACUCCCAUUCUCUCUCCACUCAUAUAAUUUAUACAUAUACAUAUAUAUAUAUAGAGAGACACACACACAAGCAUAUAUCUAUACAACGUUCACAGCUCGUUUAUGGUGGUUUUGAUGGUAAUCAUCGACAAUUUUCCGAUGCAAUCCACUUUUGAUCUCAGCCGUUCGAUGUGAUGACAUUUAUAAUCAGUGAAUGGCGAGAACUCUUUCCUCUAUUGUUCAUUUCUUCAUUUUCACAACCUUCGUUACGAGCCCUAGUUUAAUUCGUCUUGGUUCCGCUUCACACGAUGACUUCUCGACAAUCGGCUUCGAUUCCGACCUCUUCUACCAUGAUUAUUCCCCGCCGGCGCCGCCUCCGCCUCCGCCGCGGCCACCGUCGGUGUCGUGCGAGGACGAUCUCGGAGGGAUUGGGUCUGUGGACACUACGUGCCAAAUAGUGUCCAAUUUGAACCUCACGAAGUCUGUGUAUAUACAUGGGAAGGGCAAUUUUUACAUCCUUCCAAAUGUAAGUGUGAAUUGUUUGGUUUAUGGGUGUGAGAUUUCUAUAAACGUUACUGGUAAUUUUAGUUUGGGUGAGAAUGCUCUGGUUUUGACGGGAACAUUCGACCUAGCAGCACACAAUGCAAGUUUUUCUAAUGGGUCUUUGGUGAAUACUACGGGAUUGGCUGGUGCGCCUCCAUCACAAACUAGUGGGACGCCGCAAGGGAUCGAUGGGGCGGGUGGGGGACAUGGUGGAAGAGGGGCUUGUUGUUUGACUGAUAAGACUAAGCUUCCGGAGGACUUUUGGGGCGGGGACGCGUAUUCUUGGUCAUCACUGGAGAACCCAUGGAGUUAUGGUAGUAAGGGUGGGACGACGAGCAAGGAGGUGGACUACGGUGGAGGAGGCGGUGGAAGGAUUAAGAUGGAGAUAGUGAGGUUCCUUGAGGUGAAUAGUAGCUUGUUGGCUGAUGGCGGUGAUGGGGGUGCCAAGGGUGGAGGUGGGUCUGGAGGCAGCAUCUUCAUCAAGGCUUAUAAGAUGACUGGAAGUGGUCGGAUUAGUGCUUGCGGGGGUAAUGGUUUUGGUGGUGGUGGUGGGGGAAGAGUUUCUGUUGAUAUUUUCAGCAGGCAUGAUGACCCUAAAAUUUUUGUUCAUGGAGGAAGUAGUAGUGGCUGCCCAGAAAACUCAGGUGCUGCUGGGACUUUUUAUGAUGUUGUUCCCCGGACCCUUAUCGUUAGCAAUAACAACAUGUCAACAGAUACUGACACACUACUAUUGGAGUUCCCUAAUCAACCUCUUAUGACAAAUGUUUAUAUCAGAAAUCAUGCCAAAGCUACUGUUCCUUUGCUUUGGAGUCGUGUCCAGGUCCAAGGAGAAAUUAGUCUCUUGUCUCAUGGUGUGUUGAGCUUUGGUUUAGCACAUUACGCUUUAUCAGAAUUUGAGUUACUAGCAGAAGAGCUGUUAAUGAGUGAAUCUGUAAUUAAGGUUUAUGGAGCUCUACGGAUGUCUGUAAAAAUGUUUUUGAUGUGGAAUUCCACGAUGCUUAUAGAUGGUGGUGGAGAUGCAAAUGUUGAGACUUCCUUGCUUGAAGCUAGCAAUCUAGUAGUUCUCAAGGAAUCAUCUGUCAUACAAUCCAAUGCAAAUUUGGGAGUUAACGGACAAGGUUUAUUAAAUUUAUCUGGACCAGGAGAUUGUAUUCAAGCACAACGUCUGGUUUUAUCACUGUUUUACAGCAUCCAUGUUGGACCUGGAUCUGUUUUACGUGGUCCUCUAAAGAAUGCACCAGCUGAUGCUGUGACACCAAGGCUAAACUGUGAACUUCAGGACUGCCCUAUUGAACUACUUCAUCCGCCUGAAGAUUGCAAUGUGAACUCUUCGCUGUCCUUUACUCUCCAGGUAUGCCGAGUGGAGGAUGUCCUAGUUGAAGGCCUUAUUGAAGGAUCUGUUGUUCAUUUCCAUAGAGCGAGAACUAUAGCUGUCCUGUCUUUUGGAACAAUUAGCACUUCUGGCAUGGGCUGCAAAGGUGGUGUUGGCCAAGGAAAAGUUUUAAGCAAUGGUAUCGGUAGUGGUGGUGGGCAUGGUGGUAAAGGUGGAGUAGGGUGCUAUAAUGGAAGCUGCAUUGACGGUGGUAUUUCUUACGGAGAUGCUGAUUUGCCUUGUGAACUUGGUAGUGGAAGUGGAAAUGACAGCUUAGCUGGUUCAACUGCCGGUGGUGGUGUUAUAGUAAUGGGUUCGUGGGAGCAUCCCUUGUCAACUUUGUCUCUUGAAGGUUCUGUUAGCGCUAAUGGAGAAAGUUUUGGAGAAAAAUUUGGGAAUAAGGAUCAUAUUGUCAUAGAUGAUCAAACUGGAGGUCCUGGUGGUGGAUCUGGUGGAACUAUUCUUUUGUUUCUGAGUGCACUGGCUCUCGGCGAGUUAGGAACUCUUUCGAGCAUUGGGGGCCGUGCUAGUCCAAAUGGUGGUGGUGGAGGAGGUGGUGGAAGGAUUCAUUUUCAUUGGUCAGAUAUUCCCACUGGAGACAUCUACCAGCCAAUAGCUAUUGUGGAGGGAAGCAUCCGUCUUAGGGGAGGCCCAGGCGGAGACCAUGGUGGUGGAGGGGAAAAUGGGACAGUGACUGGCAAAGCUUGCCCAAAAGGACUUUAUGGUGUAUUUUGUGAGGAGUGUCCAGCUGGCACUUAUAAGAAUGUUACUGGAUCUGAUAGAGCCCUCUGUCAUCAAUGUCCAUCUUAUGAGCUUCCCCAUCGUGCUGUUUACAUCGCCAUACGAGGUGGUAUUGCUGAAACUCCUUGUCCUUAUGAAUGCAUUUCAGACAGAUAUCACAUGCCACAGUGUUAUACAGCUCUUGAAGAGUUGAUAUACACCUUUGGUGGGCCUUGGUUAUUUGGGCUUUUUCUGUUGGGUCUCCUGAUCUUGUUAACUCUAGUGCUCAGUGUUGCACGAAUGAAAUUCGUUAGUGUAGAUGAAUUACCAGGCCCGGCUCCUACACAACAGGGCUCUCAAAUAGAUCAUUCAUUCCCUUUCCUGGAAUCAUUGAAUGAGGUUUUGGAAACAAACAGAGUUGAGGAGUCACAGAGUCAUGUGCAUAGAAUGUAUUUUAUGGGUCCUAAUACGUUCAGUGAACCUUGGCAUCUCCCCCACUCUCCUCCAGAACAAGUGAAAGAGAUAGUAUACGAGGGCGCAUUCAAUAGAUUUGUAGAUGAGAUUAAUGCUAUAGCAGCUUACCAGUGGUGGGAGGGAUCAAUGUACAGCAUUCUUUCUAUCCUUGCAUAUCCUCUCGCGUGGUCUUGGCAGCAAUGGCGCCGGAGAAUGAAGUUACAACGACUCCGUGAAUUCGUGAGAUCAGAAUAUGACCAUUCUUGCUUGCGCUCUUGUCGCUCACGUGCUCUUUAUGAAGGGAUCAAGGUGGCCGCAACAUCUGAUCUAAUGCUAGCAUAUGUGGACUUUUUUCUUGGUGGGGAUGAAAAGAGAACCGAUCUUCCUCCUCGCCUUCAUCAAAGAUUUCCAAUGUGUUUACUUUUUGGAGGUGAUGGAAGUUACAUGGCUCCUUUCUCCCUUCACAGUGAUAAUGUUGUCACUAGUCUUAUGAGUCAGGCUGUCCCACCUACCACUUGGUAUCGAUUUGUGGCUGGUUUGAAUGCACAACUGCGCUUGGUACGUCGAGGACAUCUCAGAGCAAUGUUUAAGUCUGUUAUUAGAUGGCUCAACACUCACGCCAAUCCUGCUCUGAAAAUCCAUGGUGUACGUGUUGAUCUGGCCUGGUUUCAAGCUACAUCAUGUGGUUAUUGUCAAUAUGGACUUCUGGUAUAUAACGCUGAAGAAGAAUUUGAACGCGCAGCCUUUGGAAGUACUGAUGGAGCAGUGCUAACUGAGCAGCAAUCAUGUGUGAGCAGUAUUUGUAGAGAAAAUCCAUUGGGUCAUUUAACAGAAGAACCACUUUUAAGCCAAACCCGGAGAAGCAUUGGAAAUCUUUUGAGGCAGAAAAGGACAUAUGGUGGGAUUUUAGAUACUAACAGCUUGAAAAUGCUGGAGGAGAAGAGAGAUAUAUUCUAUCCCCUCUCUUUUAUGAGUCAUAACACUAAGCCUGUUGGCCACCAGGAUCUUGUUGGUUUGGUCAUCUCAAUGCUACUUCUAGGAGACUUUAGCUUAGUUUUGCUAACUUUGCUCCAGUUGUAUUCAAUUUCAUUAGUGGACGUUGUUCUGGUUUUGUUUGUUUUACCACUUGGGAUUUUACUUCCCUUCCCUGCUGGUAUCAAUGCUUUAUUCAGUCAUGGACCCAGGCGUUCUGCAGGUCUUGCACGUGUUUAUGCCUUGUGGAACGUUACCUCCUUGAUUAAUGUUGUGGUUGCAUUUAUAUGUGGAUACGUUCACUAUAGCACCCAGUCAAGGAAAAAAUUUCCUAACUUUCAGCCAUUGAAUUUUAGCAUGGAUGAGAGUGAAUGGUGGAUUUUUCCUGUUGGUCUAGUUCUAUGCAAGUGCGUCCAAUCUCAGCUCAUAAAUUGGCAUGUUGCCAAUUUGGAGAUUCAGGAUCGGUCUUUGUAUACUAAUGAAUUUGAUCUGUUCUGGCAGUCUUGAUAAUUGUCGAGCAGGUAUCUCCAAAGAGAACGCGUUUUUUUGUUCUUUUGAGUAUGUUUUCUUUUUGUAAGCUAUUUCAGAGUUAGGUGAUGAUUGACACAGAAGUAGGGGGAGAGAUAGAGUAGGAAAAAUGAAAAGAUAAGAAAAGAAAAAGAUAGAGAGGCAUUCUUUAAUGUAACCCUUCUCAAACAAUAUGUUAGUUUUUGCUUUUGUUUUUUGUUCCAAUGUAAAUACGAACAGGGAUAUGCCCAUCCUUUAUUAAUUUAUUUAGUUUUGUUUCUCUGUGCUA